GGGGCUGUGUGUGUUCUUGUGCGCGUGUGCGCGCGCGUGUGCGUCUGAAGGGUUUCGGAUUGGAGAUGCAGAAAGAAAGGGCAGUUUCGAGGAAGUGACGGACGACGCUCAAAGGACUGGUCAGAGGAAGUUUGCUCGAUGCUGGUGCCGAGCUGCUGAACCAAACUUUUCCCUCCCUUGAGCCCCAGCGGCGCCGUGGAUCGGGAUCGGACGGGUCCAGCGGCGGAGGGAGCUGUUGUUUUCUUCGCCUCUCUCGUAGCACCGAGGAAUAAACUUGAGACCGGGAGAAAAGACGGGGGUCGCUGAGGAAUUUCACUCCCCGCAACCAAACCCCCUUUUCCCCCUUCUCUUCCCCGCGCCUCCUUUGGGUUUUUUUCUUUCUCUCUCCUGGGAUUCGGGAUGGGGAAGGAGCAGGAGCUGCUGGAAGCGGCGCGCACGGGAAACCUGGCCGCGGUGGAGAAGCUUUUAUCCGGGAAGCGACAGUCCGCUGGCGGAUCGUCUGCGACCGGGGGAAGCGGCACCGGCGGCGGCCACGGAGCCUCCUCUCAUGCGCUCUCCAGUCUCCUCAGCAUCUGGAGAGGCCCCAAUGUGAAUUGUGUGGACAGCACUGGAUACACCCCUCUUCACCACGCCGCCCUGAACGGACACAGCGACGUGGUGGAGGCGCUGCUACGAAACGAGGCCUUGACCAACAUCGCCGACAACAAGGGCUGCUACCCUCUCCACCUGGCCGCGUGGAAGGGAGAUGAGCACAUCGUCAGGCUGCUCAUUCACCAAGGACCUUCGCACCCAAAGCUCAACGAGCAGAGCUCUGUAGACCAUAAAGAGUUCAAACGCUGUGGGCCCUUUGACCCCUAUAUUAAUGCCAAGAACAAUGACAACGAGACACCUCUGCACUGUGCUGCCCAGUACGGCCAUUCCGGGGUGGUGCGGCUGCUGCUGGAGGAACUGACCGAUCCCACGAUGAGGAACAACAAGUUUGAGACCCCUCUGGACCUGGCUGCGCUGUACGGCCGCCUGGAGGUGGUGAAGCUGCUGCUCAGCGCCCACCCCAACCUGCUCAGCUGCAACACCAAGAAGCACACACCCCUGCACCUGGCCUCGAGGAACGGCCACCUGAAUGUGGUGGAGGUGUUACUGGACGCUGGCAUGGACAUCAACUAUGAGACGGAGAAGGGCAGCGCUCUCCAUGAAGCAGCCCUGUUUGGGAAGACGGAUGUGGUGCAGAAGCUUCUCAGCGCAGGUAUCGACGUGAACAUCCUCGACCAGAAGGGCCUGACAGCGCUGCACAUCGUCAAGGACAUGCCGUCCCAGAAAAGCAGAGAGAUCGCUGCUCUCAUCCUCGGUCACAUGACUGGAAAACCCCCCGAAAUUGACCUGCCCCCUCCACCAAUUCCCCCACCUCACGAGAGCCCCAGUCCAAGAAAAAAGGGAGAACUGGAGAGGGUGAGUCAGUUAAUCUCGGGGCUGGCCCCGGGGCCUGAGGAAGAGAGCCCCUACGAGGCGUUGUUUGAAGCCACUUCUUGCCACUCUCUGGACAGCCUCACCAGUGGAAAGUCCUCUGACAGAGACUCUGGGCGGCCUGAUAGCGAAGCUGGCAAGAAAGAUCGCCUGGUGCACCCGUCGCAUCCCGGUCCCGGUCAUGAAGAGGAGGUGAGCUCAGAGGCUCUGUAUACAAGUAGCAGUAUUGAUGAGAGAGGAGAGCCGGCGGAGGAGGAGGAGGAUCACACAUAUGAAUUGUUGGUGACGGCACAAACCAAACACCCCCCACCCAGCCAGGAGUCCCAGUCCCAUAAAGACGAGAAUACCAAUGCACAGUCUUCCAACAGUGUCCUACCUCAGCGUAAACCCUCUGUCCCCAAUGACCUCAGAGCUGCAAAUAAGACGAAAGACAGCCUGCACCCCCCCGGCCGGGUCGCCCCGCGGGCACCUGAAGAUAACUCCCAGCUCAGCCUGGAACAGGGAGCAGGUGUUCCCGAGCAGUUCACCGGCCUCCUGCACGGAUCCUCUCCCGUCUUCGACUGUCGCGAGGAGCCCUUCAGGAUUCCAGGUGCUCCGCCGCCCAGCCAGGGCCAGACCGAACCGAGGAAAUCCGCCAAAGUCAAGGAGGAAGUAGCAGCAGCCGCGCCGCCACCUAGCCGUCCCGGUAUGGCCGCCGUCCUGCCAGACUGCGACCCCAAGGCAAUUUAUGCCACUGUGAACAAGGAGCCCAGGGACUCCACGGCCGGGGCAGCGCCCGCCGUUAGGAUGCGCCCCCCCGGGGACCUGAAGUUAGCACGCAGCCUCUCCAAGUCUGACUCGGACUUGCUUAUAUCGCCUCCUGGCGAGGAGGAAGGGGGACUGGGGAACCGCAGCGAGUCGGUUUCUAACUGUAGCACUGGCAAGAAGAGGCUUGAGAAAUCUCCCUCUUUCACCUCAGAAUGGGACGAGCAGACAGAGACGACGUCUACCGCCACAAAACAAGGACGAUCUAAUUCCCUUGACAGCAUCGAGAAGAUCAUGACCCUGAUUGGCGCAGGCAUCGAUUUUUCCAGAGAUCAGCAGUAUGCCACACCAGGUGCUGCGGGCCGGCUGCUGGACCAGCCCGUGGGAGACUGGCUGGAGCACGUGGGGCUGCCGCAGUACGAGAGCAAGCUGCUCCUGAACGGGUUCGACGACCUGCACUACAUGGGGAGCAAUGUAAUGGAGGACCAGGACUUGAGAGAGAUUGGAAUCACAGACCCGAGCCACAGGAAGAAGAUCCUGCAUGCAGCGCGUUCAUUUCCAAAGGUGAAAGCGCUGGGCUGUGACGGCAGCAGCUCCCUCUCCUCCUGGCUGGAGAAUCUGGGUCUGCACGAGUACUUGCCCAACUUCCUGACCAGCGGUUACCGCAGUCUGGACUGUGUCAAAAACCUGUGGGAGCUGGAAAUUGUCAACGUACUAAAGAUUUCCCUGCUAGGCCACAGGAAGCGCAUCAUUGCUUCCUUAGCAGAGAGGCCCUAUGAGGAGCCUCCAGUCAAACCUCCUCGUUUGUCUCAGAUCAGGUGCCAAGACCUUCCCGGAUCCCAGACCUCGUCUCCUCUCAGUCAGAUGGAGCCCUACACAGGACGCUCGAUGGACCCUCUGCUGCCUGUGUCGGAGCCUGGGAGGAAAAAAGCCCCAGAGGCCGACUAUGACGUUACCCAAAGACAUCGCAGCGAGAGGCACAGGCCUCAGGAGCGAUAUGAAGAAAUGUACAAAGAGCCCCGUCUGACUCUGCGGCCGCCCAGUCUAGCAGCACCGUACGCUCCAGUCCAGAACUGGCAUCACCAACCGGAGAAACUCAUCUUUGAAUCCUGCGCGUAUGAAGCGAGUUACCUUGGAUCGAUGCUUAUCAAGGAGCUAAGGGGUACCGAGUCCACGCAAGAUGCUUGUGCCAAAAUGCGGAGGUCAACAGAACAAAUGAGAAAAGUCCCAACCAUCGUCCUUUCAAUCACAUACAAGGGCGUGAAGUUCAUCGAUGCUGCCAACAAGAACAUCAUCGCGGAGCACGAGAUCCGUAACAUUUCCUGUGCAGCCCAGGAUCCAGAGGACUUGUGUACGUUUGCCUACAUCACUAAGGACCUGCAGACCAGCCACCAUUACUGCCACGUGUUCAGCACAGUAGACGUGAACCUGACGUAUGAGAUUAUACUGACACUGGGCCAGGCCUUUGAGGUCGCAUAUCAGCUGGCUCUGCAGGCACAGAGGACCAAACAGCACCAGAGCCUCCCGGUGGGCCCCGGGUCAGAGGUCAUAGAGACCAAGUCCAGCCGACCUGUGCCCAAACCACGAGGCAGCGUACGGAAGUCAGCGGGGGACGGUGUGGACCAGGAGGGGGACGCCCAGUCGCAGGGCAGCGCCACGUGGCUCGUGGACCCCAAGGAAUCCAAGCGCACUAUCAGCACUAAGUACGAGACCACUAUAUUCUGAGUGGACCCCCCUCUUCCUCCUGGGCCUGGUCUCACCCCUUCUUCCUCCCCCUUCCUUCUGUGUGCCUUUCACUGUGACUCUGCCUCUCUCUCUCUGCACUGGACCUCUGCCCUCCCCCGCCUCCCUCCAGCCAUCGCUCGUGUCCUCCUCUGACAACUCCGCAAUCUGUGACGAUUAACCAACUGCUGUCGCUCCUUCCUCGCGUUAAACCACCUCCACGUCUACACCUCUUAUCGACCAUUAGCGUCGCCCUUUCACCCGGUCAGACCUCUUUUGGCUUGUGUCUCCCAGCCUGCCACUCACCUUCCUUGUUACGUUCCUCUCUGUUUACCUCUACGUGCUUCCUCAACUGUGCAUAAUGGUUCCUUUUUUUUUUUUUUGAGCCGUCCACUUCCAGCUAUUUACCCUUUCUGAUAAGCUCUAUGUUUUCUCCUGGUGCUGUCCCACUCCGAUCUGUUCAACUCGCAACUCAUCCCGAGUGCCGAGAAAAUUUACCGGCAGGCAGGAGUGGCCCACUGCAAACAUCCUGUACCUGGAUGGACACGCUUCCUUAUGAUACUGAUCCCGUAAAUCUAUGCAUCAGCCGGACUUUAGCAGACUGUUUGUGUUCAGCGGGAUGCUGCUGCUGCUGUUGCAGGGGUUACACGCAAGAUUAACGAAGGUUUUUCACUCGUCGGCUGCCUGCUUGAAGCCAAAGGAGGCUUUGAUUCUAACACUGUGAUCAGGCCCGUUUGGAGCUGAUAAAAUAACCAUUUUGGGGGAUUUUCUAUAAGAACUGAAUAGUUUUUAGUGGUUGUUAUUGUUCCAGAAAAAUAGGUAGUCCAAACUGUGUUAACUGUCAUGCACCAGGAUUUAAACCUGAUGCUUCUUCUGGGGUGAACUAACUACAACUAAGCACUUUCACCAAAUCCCCCAAGCUUGUAACAAUAAGUGCAUUUUCCCCUGUCUUUACUUUUUUUCUUCUUCCUUUUCAAAACAAAUGUCUUCUGUGUCCUUUCUCUCAUCAUUGCCUUUUAUCUACCAAUGAGGUUAAUGUUUCACAGCUGCUACUAUUGAAAACAGUUAAUCAUUAUUAGGGGGGGGAUAAUUCAUCACCAUCACGCAGUUUGUUUUUCAUCGUCUCGCUGUUGUUUUAACUUCGCUGCUUUGUGUGCAUGUGUCUGUGUCCCUUCCCCGAACAGCUGAACACUGUGGCCGCUCCCAGUCAGUAAGAAGGGACAGGAAUGCGCCCUGUUACAUGGUGGCUAGGAUUUUUUGUUGGAAAAGUGACCCACUUCCCGCGCACCAGAUCAUAAUCAACCGGUGGGAUCGCAGCUCACCACAGGGGCCUUGAGACAGAGCUUCCAACACUGCACGCUCCCUCGGCUCAUCCGAGACCUCAUCACUCCUCACAUGCGCAUCCAUCUCUUUUCAAGCCUCCUGUCCUGCAGAAAGCGGUGGCUGUUCUGUGCCACGCAAGGGCCAGAUUUAGUUGCAUUUCCUGAAAAACAAAUUAUUGCCUCUCUCACAGAGAGUUAGUGUUUACUGUUUCAGGAAAGGUGCCUGCAGGUUUCAAUGUAGAGCCUGUUGCUAAAGGGGAAGUGGCAGAGAUAAGGACUAUUAACUGUUUUAUGUUUUGUCACGAUACGAACUGCCUGACAUGAGACCUCACACUGUCGGUACACACUCCCUCCUGGAUUGUUUGUCCUAUAUCCAAACACUGUAGCUUCUCUUCAUGAUCAUCAGCUUACAUGUAUGUGUAACCGUGAUAAACAGCGUAAUCUUGCAUGGGAGGAACUCUCUAACCAAACUCAACGAGCAAAAGGAACUGACACUACAAAGACUGUUUUAUAUACGCAUAACAGGGGGUGAUUUUUUUAUUUGAUUUGAGAGCUGUGUCUGUCUUUUUUUUUUUGUUGUUUUUUUGUAGGUUUUAAUUGUUUUAUGGGACAGUGUUGUGUCCGAUUGCUGGAACUGGAUCAGGUGUGGUUCCCCGCAGUUCUCUCCCUCUCCUUCCCUGUUCCUUUGUUCAGUUAAUCUUGACUAAGAUUUUCCACCAAACCUGCCAUGCAGGCUGGUACGACUUUAGAUUUUAGCUGCAGAACAGAACAAUAGGGCAUGUUUCUCCUAGCUAACUCCCAAUAUGUUGACUGUUAAUGGUACUGUUUGGUCCGCCUACGUGUAUAUGGGUACAUAGCAGGUCAUUUAACUGUUGUAUAUGUGGUACGUUGUCCGGCCAGUACGAUAACUCUAUGGUACACUGUCUUCAGCUCUCUGGUGUCGGCACCUUUAGCCAUCAGCCCGGUCCUGUUCUGCUUUUGCACAUUGCUAAGGAUCAGGAGAGAUCUUUUGGGACUUAUCUGAUGACAACUCUGAUGAGAAUGAUAUUGUACAUGAAUCUAGCAGUCUGUAUUUUGAUACUUGAAUGAUUUUUGCUUUUAUAGAUAUCUAUAUAUAUGUAUAUGUAUGUACUUAUGUAAUUUUUGACGUUUGUCGAAAGAGAGAAAAGGACUAUGUCUUAUAAAGUUAAACAUAUCGUGAAUAAAUACCCUGUGAUUAAAAAAAUAAAAUAAAAUAAAAGGCUGAGAACAUGACUCAGAAGAGGGACCUCACUUCAGAAAAAAAAAAAAAAGAUUGUAAAUAAUCUUGGGCUUCCAGUCUUUUGUAUGAUUAUUUUUCAUAAUUGUAAAACUAAUAAAUGGCGCAGUUAGAUACGUUU